GAGGAGACUGACUCUCCCUGCCGCUGCAGCCUGCUCCACCCCGCACAUCUGCGCCUCCAGCUCGGAUACUUCUGCCGAAAAACAGCGGAACGUCCGGAGGAUACAACAACAUGGUUUCUUCCACUGUGUCGUACACCUCGGGAGAUGCAGUGGUCGUCACCUCUUUGCUCCCAGAGACUCCCAACGGGCAGCAGCAGCCAUCGAUGGAUAGAAGACACAACUUCGGGAACAGAGAGUCCAAGGCGCUGGGGACCGUUCAAAUCAUGAUUGGUGCAUUAACGCUGCUGUCUGGGAUCUUCAUGGCUUUCUACCACUCUUCAAUUGGAGUUACCACCGGAUUCUUUGUUUGGGGAGCUUUGAUCUACAUCACAUCUGGAGUUCUGACGGUAGCUGCUGAGAAGUAUUUGAGUCGUUCUCUGAUCAAAACUUCUGUGGCGUUCAACAUUAUUGCAGCAGUUGCUGCUGCAUUUGGUGCUUUCCUGUAUGUAUGCGAGGCUGUCAUCAUGAGCUGGUUCGGUUCUCGCGAUUACAAUGGUGGCUUUUCGGCUGUGCUGGCUGUGUUCCAGUUCGUGGAGCUCAUUAUGUCUAUCACCGUGGCAGGAUGCGCCAGUCAUGCAACCUGUUGCGGCUGCUGCUCCUGCUGCACGGAGGAGCCUCAAGUCGUCGUUCAAGCUGUAGAAGGGCUGAACUCCAUCCAGCCUCCACCCUAUUUCCAAGUAGCAUCUGUUGCCCCCACUGAUCCAUUCCCUGAGGUGGUGCCCUACUUUAAAAACGUAGGAGAUCUGGGUUCUGCUGAGCCUCCACCCUACCAACCUUAACUGACCCACACACACAAGUCAAAAACAGGCAGAACUUGACAGGGAUUGAGACAUUUUUUUGAAAUAAAAACCUAAAGACAACAAACAUGGGAGAGUAGAGAUGGCCGCAAAUCGCACAACAGUGAGUUCAAAGAGCUACAUGGCUACAGCUACGAGCAGACUGCCCAGCUGGCGUGAUGGAUUAACUGGUUCCCAUGUUAAUGAGCAGUAUCGUGCUAGUUAGUUACUGAAAAAUAGUAACUAGUUACAGUUAUAAGUUACUUCAUCAAAAAAGUAACUCAGUAACUCAGUUACUUAAACCAAAAAGUAAUGCGUUACUGAAAAAGUAACUUUUUCAAUUACUUUUAAAGGUUGACUGACUGA